AGUGUGUACACUCAUAUGUCCAAAUAAUUCUUCGUGUCCGGACUCCACACGAAAUGAUUUCUCGUUCAUUAUAUAGUAUUCUCCCCUUUCUUCUACACAUCUCAUUUCUAGGAACUUAUUCAUGAAGGUUUCUCCUCUAGAUGCUAAUUCUAUCCUGACCUCAUGAUGGAUCUCCCCUAAUAAAUAUAAAUAUCAUUGAAUACACAAUCACGCAUUGAUCCCUUUUAUUUAUGUUCAAUGAACUGAUAGGAUUUUUUUUUUUCAAGCAUAUUUCUGCUAAAUCUUCUCUGUUGCUGCAUAAACUGAUGCAGUCUCAUAAAUUUGCAGGCUUCUAGUUGCCGUCCGCAUUGUAGCUCUAUCCCUGUUUCUCGCAUGGAGAAUAGCCCACAAGAACCCAGACGCCAUCUGGUUGUGGGGUAUGUCAGUAGUAUGCGAGCUCUGGUUCGCUUUCUCAUGGCUUCUCGAUCAGCUCCCUAAAGUCUCACCCAUCAACCGCGCCACCGACCUCUCCAUCCUCAAGCAGAAAUUCGAGUCCCCGUCACCAUCCAACCCCACCGCAAAAUCCGACCUUCCCUCCAUCGACGUCUUCGUCGCCACCGCCGAUCCCGUCAAAGAACCAACUCUUCUCACCGCCAACACAAUCCUUUCCAUCCUCGCCGCUGAUUACCCCGUCGACAAACUCACCUGUUACCUCUCCGACGACGCCGCCUCCCUCCUCACUUUCGAAGCUAUCGCCGAAGCGGCCUCCUUCGCCUCCGUCUGGGUUCCCUUCUGCCGCAAACACCGCAUCGAACCCCGCAACCCCGACAGCUACUUCUCCCUCAACCGAGAUCCAUACAAAAACAAACUCCGCCCCGACUUAGUCCGCGACCGCCGCCGCAUCAAGCGCGAGUACGACGAAUUCAAAGUACGCAUCAACGGUCUCCCUGAAUCCAUCCGCCGCCGCUCCGACGCCUUCCACGCCAGCGAGGAGCUCAACGCUUCCUCCGUUGAACCUGCCGUCAAGAUUCCUAAAGCCACUUGGAUGGCCGACGGCACCCACUGGCCCGGCACUUGGAAUAUCCCCGCCGCCGAUAACUCUCGCGGCGAUCACUCUGCCAUCAUCCAAGUCAUGCUCAAAACCCCAUUAGACCAUCCCGUCUUCGGCGGAGGCGGUGGCGGAGCCGUGCUCGACUUAUCCGAAGUGGAUGUCCGGCUUCCGAUGCUCGUCUACGUCUCGCGAGAAAAGCGCACGGCUUGCAACCAUUACAGGAAGGCCGGCGCGAUGAACUCUCUUCUACGAGCCUCUGCUAUAAUGUCUAACGCGCCUUUCGUACUAAACCUCGACUGCGAUCACUAUAUUUACAAUUCGCAGGCGUUGCGGGAAGGAAUUUGCUUCAUGAUGGACCGCGGCGGAGACCGCGUUUGCUUCGUUCAAUUCCCGCAGAGAUUCGAAGGGAUCGACCCUUCCGAUCGCUACGCCAAUCACAACACCGUUUUCUUCGAUGUCAAUCUGCGUGCGCUCGAUGGCUUGCAAGGCCCUGUUUACGUUGGCAGCGGAUGUCUUUUCCGCCGCAUCGCGCUUUACGGCUUCGACCCCCCGCGCGCGAAGAACCACCACCCGCUUCAUAUGCCUUCGCCAGACUUAUCGAUUUCUUCCAAUACCAGCAAAUUCGGCAACUCGAUCUAUCUAAUGGAUUCAAUUCCCGUGACGGAGUACCAAGGUCGACCGCUCGCCGACCAUCCGUCGGUGAAGAACGGCCGGCCUUCCGGGGCGCUGAUCUUCCAACGCGACCCGCUCGACGCGUCCACAGUGGCGGAGGCCAUUAACGUGGUGUCAUGCUGGUUCGAGGAGAAGACGGAGUGGGGGAGUCGGGUCGGGUGGAUAUACGGGUCGGCAACGGAGCACUUAGUAACUGGUUACCGGAUGCAUAACCGCGGGUGGCGGUCGAUCUACUGUGUCACCAAGCGCGAUGCUUUUCGAGGCAAAGCCCCCAUUAACCUCACGGACAGGCUUCACCAAGUUCUCCGUUGGGCAACUGGUUCGGUCGAGAUCUUCUUCUCCCGCAACAAUGCUCUCUUCGCCAGCCCCAAGAUGAAGUUUUUGCAGCGUGUUGCGUACCUUAAUGUUAGCAUUUACCCCUUCAGCUCAAUCUUUCUCAUCGCCUACUGUUUCCUCCCGGCGCUCUGUCUCUUCUCCGGGCAGUUUAUAGUGCAGAGUCUAGAUAUGACCUUCAUCAUUUACCUCCUCGUCAUUACUCUCACUGUCUGCCUUCUCGCCAUUUUAGAGAUCAGGUGGUCAGGGAUUGAGCUUGAGGAAUGGUGGCGUAACGAGCAGUUUUGGUUUAUCGGCGGAACCAGCGCUCACCUCGCUGCAAUAUUGCAGGGGCUGUUUAAGGCUGUCACUCGGAUUAAGAUCCAUUAUACUCUAACCUCAAAGUAUGCCGGCGGCGGCGGCGACGACAAUAACGAUGACGAGUUCGCCGAGCUCUACCUCGUGAAGUGGACGUGGCUGAUGGUUCCGCCGCUGACCAUUAUCUUGAUGAACUUGAUUGGCCUUGCAGUAGGCGUGAGCAGAACUCUGUACUCGAUUAUCCCGCAGUGGAGCCGGCUGCUCGUCGGAGUGUUCUUUAGCUUCUGGGUUCUUGCUCAUCUGUACCCUUUCGCUAAAGGGUUGAUGGGGAGGAGGGGGAAGACGCCCACUAUCGUCUUCGUGUGGUCGGGGCUCAUUGCUAUCACGAUCUCGCUGCUAUGGGUAGCCAUUAAACCACCUUCGGCCAAUUCUCGGAUUGGUGGUUCCUUCUCUUUCGCUUGAUUCCAUUGCAGAUAUGGUGAUUAUUGGCUACUUGAUUGCAACUCUGCUUCUGCUAAUCUUAAUGUGGUCCAAAUAAACCUUAGUUUUGAAUUCAUAAUUCUUUAGAUUAUUUUUGGAGAUUUCAAUGAAUCUUUUGUCAUCUUCUAUUGGAGCCUUUGAGCGGAG